ACAACAGGUUGUGGUAGUGAUAUUUCACUUUGGUACUGCCACCAUUUUAUGCUUGGUUCCAGCCUACAACCUUUGAACCAUUAGUGGUCUGUGGAACCACCCCUAGUGGUCGCUUCCAGCACUGGUUAAUGGUUUUAAGGGUAAAGGUGCCCCCCCUAACCUAUCUAACUUAUAGCGUCAGCGGGAACGUUUUAUCCUGUCGAAUCACCCUUCCAUACCCUUAAGGGAGGCGCAAUUGGCCCUAAAAACCCGCUGCGACCGCGACAGUAAUUAGGUACCUCCCCAACUAUCCCAACCGCUACGAGGAACCGCCACAGCACCACAAGCACCAUAAAAACCACUACAGGCUCUGAAAAGUACCUGCUAUCGUACGCUAUCGUACACUGGGAAGGUGCACGAAAUCAAUUCCAUCCAUUCCUAUCCCCAUCCCAAAACUCCACGGGCUGGGCGCUCUCUUUCACCUCCUCUUCCCUCUACUCUUACAAUUUCUUGUCACUACAGUAAGAUGUCAACGCCGACCACUGCGACGGCUACGCUUCUUCCUCACUAUCGUCACCAUCACCACUCUACACACCAUUAUCCGCCUUACCCAAACCUGCAAAGUAGCACUUCAACCUAUCGAUCUGUUGCCGGUGCUGCGUCUUCCACAAACCCUAUCCUCCCCACUUCAACUUCGACGGCUUCGACAGCGACGGGUUCCAAUCGGCACCACGCUUCUUCCAACCAUUCGUCUUCAUCAUAUACUACGAAUUCGAGUUACGCCACCAGUCAAACUCUUCAAAAUUCUACAAAUGGAGUAACCGCGUCCGUGGCUACUGCUAGACCAACCCAAGACUCCUCUAGAACCAAUUCAACUCCUAGAUUAGACGCCAAUUCAGUUAACGGCAACAACAACAACAAUAACAGCACUAUGCCUCCCUCCACCGCUUCAUCCGCUACACAGGCCUUUAGCGACGGCCAACCGAGAAAACGUCGGAGAUCCAAGGAACCGGAUUGGAAGAAUUUUUAUAAGAAUGGUCUACCCAAGGAAGUGAUUGUAAUACACGACGAUACCCCCGAACCCGACUCGAAAUAUUCUGCCACUUCUUCACGAACAUAUGUUAAUGGUGUAAAUGAUUCUAAUGGUCGUCCUGCCAAUAAACGACGGAGGAAGGACGAUGGUGUUCGCGCCGAAGACACCUACGACGGCAGCGUGAAUGGCUCUACCUACCAACAAACUUCUGAUAGCGGCUCUACAUCAACCGACCGUACCACCUCAGCUCAUAAUACCACGGCCGCUACAUCUUUAGGUUCUUUAUCUUCAAAUGGCCAGUAUGAUUACGAGUCAAGUCACGCCGGUCAGAAGAGAAAGAGGACCCGACAGCAGAUCGCACAAGAAGCAAAGCGCAGAGAGGUCGAAGUACUCGGCGAUGCUUUUGUCAGUUACCGCCCACCUCAAAAGCCUGUCAAGAAGUCUGGUGAUGUAACCGUUCGAGUUGUCAAUGAUCGUUCUCACCAAAGCGGUGUAAGAGUAGACGACGACGAUGGUCACUAUAUCGUUGUCCCCGACGCCGACCUUACAUCACAAUAUCAAAUGAUCAAGUUGCUCGGACAAGGCACUUUCGGUAAAGUUGUUCAGGCCCGUGAUCGCAAAAAGGGUGGCUUGGUCGCCAUCAAAAUUAUCCGAGCGGUGCAAAAAUAUCGAGAUGCCUCCCGAAUCGAAUUACGUGUUCUUCAGACUUUGAAGGCCAACGACGAAGAGAAUAGAAACAGAUGUAUACACCUUCGAGAUUGUUUCGAUUUCCGCGGUCAUAUCUGUAUUGUCAUGGAUCUUCUCGGCUCGAGCGUCUUUGACUUCCUAAAGAGCAACAACUUCGUACCGUUCCCGAACAGCCAGAUUCAGAGCUUCGCACGCCAGCUCUUCACUAGUGUAGCCUUUCUCCAUGAUCUAAACCUGAUCCACACCGAUCUAAAGCCAGAGAAUAUUCUACUCUGCGAUAGCGCUUAUCAAACGUUUACGUACAACCGGAGAAUACCGUCCUCGUCGACUGGUGUGAGUCGACAGGCCACCCAACGCAAGGUCCUUCUCGAUACCGAAAUAAGGCUCAUCGAUUUCGGUUCCGCAACGUUUCAGGAUGAAUACCACUCGUCCGUUGUAUCAACCCGGCAUUACAGAGCCCCUGAGAUUAUCCUCGGCCUCGGCUGGUCUUAUCCUUGCGAUAUAUGGAGUAUUGGCUGUAUAUUGGUCGAAUUCUUCACUGGAGAUGCUCUUUUCCAAACGCACGAUAACCUCGAACACCUGGCCAUGAUGGAGAAUGUUUGCGACGCCCGUAUAGAUACCCAUCUCGUACAAACUGUCAACAAGAUGAAUAAUAGGAAUGCUGGCAACGCUGCAUCUAAGUACUUCAAACGAUUGAAGUUGGAUUAUCCUACUGCCGAGACGACACGGGCAUCAAGGCGUUUCGUUAAAAAUAUGAAGCGAUUACCCGAUAUCAUACCAAGCUCUAGUCCUUUUCUUAGAUCCUUCCUAGAUCUUUUACAGAAGAUCUUUGUAUACGACCCUAGUAAACGAAUCACGGCUCGACAGGCCCUUGAACACGAGUGGUUCCGAGAGCCAGCCAUUCCUGAUGAUGGCACCGAGGCGGCGAAGAUUCGGUUGGAACGCAUGAGGGAUCACGAGUAUCCUGCUUCUCGAGGUUUAGCGGUGGGUUAAUAGGGUAAAUAAAUUCCACUCAGAUACCAAAGGACACGAUAUUGCUACCGAAGCAAAAACUGUAUAUUCGGAAUGGGUUCAGGCCUAACGUACAGAACGUUGCCAUCAUGGCUCGCAACGGCUUUGGGUUUGCGUAGGGGGUUAGGGAGGAAUCAGGUGUUCCAGGCAGCAUUGUGUUCCAUUAGUUUUCCAUGGCAUUGAGCAUGCGUUACAUAAAAUGUCUACAACCUCUACGCUUUCGUAGAUGGAACGACUUGCGACGUUUUCUCAAUAUAUAGCCCGUCACUUAGGGCAGCGUUCCAUGCUGAUGGACAGAUGACACUCACUCGAUAUUCUCUUUUGGUUACUGGCCGUGAGUCACCCCUAGGCAUUUGAAGGUCGCGAGUAGGCUGCUGUGAAUAACGCCAAGUUCGGCACGAUGAC